AUUACAGUGCCCUCAGUACUGCACUCGAAUUGAGACUGGUACGGAAUGGAAGUCAGGAGACAGUUAACAGCAGCUCUCCAGGAAACAUACUGAGUCCAGGGAAAAUGGAACCCACCCAGGGCGAAAAAGAGGAAAGCCCAAAGCACAGAUUUGUUUCUGCUGGAGCCGCCUGAUGGCAUUGAAACGAAUGGGAAUUGUAAGCGACUAUGAGAAAAUCCGUACCUUUGCUGUAGCGAUAGUAGGUGUUGGUGGUGUUGGCAGUGUGACUGCUGAAAUGCUGACCAGAUGUGGCAUUGGUAAGUUGCUACUCUUUGACUAUGACAAGGUAGAACUGGCCAAUAUGAACAGACUUUUCUUCCAACCUCAUCAAGCGGGUUUGAGUAAGGUUCAAGCAGCAGAACAUACUUUGAGGACCAUUAAUCCUGAUGUUCUUUUUGAAGUACACAACUAUAAUAUAACCACAGUGGAAAACUUUCAACAUUUUAUGGAUAGAAUAAGUAAGGGUGGACUAGAAGAAGGAAAUCCCGUCGAUCUAGUUCUUAGCUGUGUGGACAAUUUUGAAGCUCGAAUGGCAAUAAAUACAGCUUGUAAUGAACUUGGACAAACGUGGAUGGAAUCUGGGGUCAGUGAAAAUGCGGUUUCAGGGCAUAUCCAGCUCAUUAUUCCUGGAGAAUCUGCUUGUUUUGCGUGUGCACCACCACUUGUGGUUGCUGCAAAUAUUGAUGAAAAGACUCUGAAACGAGAAGGUGUUUGUGCAGCCAGUCUUCCAACCACUAUGGGAGUUGUUGCAGGGAUUUUGGUACAAAAUGUGUUAAAGUUCCUGUUAAAUUUUGGAACUGUUAGUUUUUACCUUGGAUACAAUGCAAUGCAGGACUUUUUUCCAACUAUGUCCAUGAAGCCAAAUCCCCAGUGUGAUGACAGAAACUGCAGGAAGCAGCAAGAAGAAUAUAAGAAAAAGGUGGUGUCACUGCCGAAACAGGAGGCUGUUCAAGAGGAGGACAAGAUAAUACAUGAGGAUAAUGAAUGGGGUAUUGAGCUGGUAUCUGAGGUUUCAGAAGAAGAACUGAAAAAUUCUUCAGGUCCAGUUCCUGAAUUACCGGAAGGAAUUAGAGUGGCAUAUACAAUUCCAAAAAAGCAAGAAGAUUCUGUAUCUCAAGUUACAGUGGAAGAUUCUGGUGAAAGCUUAGAAGACCUCAUGGCCAAGAUGAAGAAUAUGUAGAUAAUGGACUGGCAUAUAUUUUAUUUUAUUGUGUUCAAUCCCAUUACUAAACUUUUAAAAGUUCAAAACUAAUACAAUUUAGGGCAACAUUACUUGAUGUAUACCAUUUGAUUGAAUUGUUAUACUGUUCUUUAUGAAAAUACUGUGGGUGUUGUUCAUUCUGCCUGUCCUACAACUAUACUCUCCUAAAACACAUGACCUCAAGACUUGAAGGCAGUUACAAAUCUUAAUGAAAACAUAGCCAUUGAAGCCCAGGUGGUGGCACAUGCCUAUUUUCCUAGCCAGCCAGCAGGCUGAGGCAGGAGUUUAGAAGUUCUAAUUCAGGC